CUCGAAGUCCGCUACCAUUCCCUGGACAUGUUCAGGCUCGGUCUGCGAUUACGAUGUUUAUCUCCACGACCUCCAUGUAUCCGACCACUGCGAUGGCAGCACCCUAUCAUUGCUCAGAAAGACUUCAUUACUGGGUUGGACGACUCGCCCAUCUUGAAACAUGUCAAGCAUAAAGUGGACGAACGAAGCAAAAUGCUCUAUGAGGUAUCAGACGAGGGUUUAAGCACAGAGGACGUUGUGCGACUGAAACGAAUACACGAGCUUGAGCCUUUACAGGCCGCAUGGAGUGAGUGGACAACGACGAGAGAGGCGCUGCAAGAAACGACGCUCCUUCUCAGCGAUGCCGACCCUGCGAUGCGUACGCUCGCCGUCGAGGAGCACGCCUCGCUCGUGGAGGGCCUCACCAAGCUGCUCGAGCACACCUUUCCCGCGCUGCUCAUCCCGCCAUCGAAGACGGCGCAUCUGUCCGCACUUAUUGAGCUCAAGUCCGGCGUCGGUGGCUCUGAGUCGUCUCUUUUCCUCGCAGACCUCAUGCGUAUGUAUACGCGCGUUGCAAACAUACUCGGGUGGAAGGUGGCCGUGAUGGGCGGGAGCGAGCUUGAGAACGGCGGGAUGAAGGAUGCAAUAUUGGAGGUGAAGGGCGAGAAGGCGUAUGACACCUUGCGCUGGGAGAGCGGAGUGCACCGCGUGCAACGGGUACCUGCGACGGAGUCGAGUGGACGCGUCCAUACGAGCACGGUUGCGGUGGUUGUGCUGCCGCUCGCUGAGGAGUCGAGCCAGUCGGAACAGGACGAUCUGUUCAAACCAGAUGAGGUGAAGGUUGAGGUCAUGCGUGCGAGGGGCGCGGGUGGACAACACGUCAACAAAACAGAAUCUGCCGUGCGCCUGACGCACUUGCCCACGGGGAUCACGGUCUCUAUGCAGGACGAACGUAGUCAACACCAGAACCGACGACGUGCAUACCAAGUCCUGCGAGCUCGGCUGAUGGACCGCAAGUUCAGCCAGGAUCUCGCCGAACGACGGGCCGUGCGCAAAAAUCUAGUCGGCAGCGCGGACAGAAGCGAAAAAAUUCGGACGUACAACUAUGUCCAGGAUCGGGUGACAGAUCAUAGAUUGGGCCUGUCUCUGAUGAACUUGAACUCUGUCAUGGAAGGAGAAGGACUGACGAAGAUUCUGGACGCGCUGGAGGAACGUCAUCACCAAGAAUCGCUCGAGGAACUUCUCAGUAAUUGACUUUAGUGCACAUUGUGUUCCGUCUUCGUGCAUUUGGGACAAUGGACGGUCAAUCGAAUGCUCGAUGUGCAGCAUCCAAAAUUAUAUACCGCUAUAUAUCUAGUGAUUUGGCU